GUCGGGUUCCCCUCUGUAAAUCCGUCUGUGUUAUGGGUCGUUUCAAACGGGAAGCAAGAGAACAGGCCCCYACCUCUGUUGAGGAAGUGAAAUGAUAACAACAUCAUAACGACGCAGGAAGCCGGGCUGUUUCUCUCCGAGGAGGACUGGACAACAUGCCGUCGCAGCGAGUGUUCGCCGUGCCGAGGCAGCAGUCUCUGCUCCUGCCUGAGGUCCACAACCCGUUUGUUCAACACACCGAGCUAAGCAAAGCUGCCAUCAUUAAAUGUGUCUUGUUUGGAAUCAUCCUGGUCCCUCUUCGGGCUGUCCUCAUGUCAUUGGUCCUGAUGGUGACCUGGCCUGUGUCAGUCAUAAUAACCUUUAAKCAUCCUCUAAAGGGAGCAGUGGAGCCAAUGACGGGCUGGAGACGGUUCAUGUGUCAGAGUGUGAUGGCCGCCCUGGGGAGGGCUUACUUCUUCUCCAUGGGUUUCAGAGUGGUGGUCAAGGGUAAGCAGGUCGGCAGCAGCGAGGCCCCCAUUCUAGCCGUGGCCCCUCACUCGACCUUUUUUGACGGGAUUGUGUGCCUCAUAGCCGGCCUGCCCUCCACCGUCUCACGUGUGGAGAACUUGGCUACACCCAUCUUUGGCAGAUUUUUGCGCUGUCUCCAGCCGGUGUUGGUUUCUAGAACAGACCCUGACUCCAGGAAGAACACAAUCCAGGCGAUUGAAACUAGAGCCAAGUCAGGAGGCCGCUGGCCGCAGGUUCUGAUAUUCCCAGAAGGAACAUGUACAAAUCGUUCAUGUCUUAUCACGUUUAAACAAGGUGCCUUUAUUCCAGGUGUCCCUGUGCAGCCUGUUCUCAUCAGAUACCCAAACAAACUGGAUACCCAAAUGCUGUACGGUUAUUUAUGUAUUGUGUUCAGGAAGACACUUUUGCUUCUGACACUGAGCCAGCUUUAUACCACAGUGGAGAUUGAGUUCUUGCCACCACACGUCCCCACAGAGGAGGAGAAGAAAAGUCCUGCUCUGUUUGCCAGCAGAGUCCGAGAAACUAUGGCCCAAGUUUUAGGGGUUUCAGUGACAGACCACACAUAUGAAGACUGUCGCCUGAUGAUCUCAGCUGGAGAGCUGACUCUCCCCAUGGAGGCUGGCCUAGUUGAGUUCACCAAAAUCAGUCGAAAACUCAAUCUGAAAUGGGACAACGUGAAGAAGGAGCUGGAAGGUUUCGCAGUCAGGGCCACCUCCUGCAAUGGAGGACGGAUAACCAUAGAGGAGUUUGCCAGCUUCUUAAAGUUACCCAUCAACCCAGCUCUUGAGGAGUUGUUUGCUCUGUUUGAUAGGAAUGGAGAUGGCACCAUUGACUUUAGGGAGUAUGUUAUUGGUGUGAACAUCUUGUGUCGACCCGCCAACACGGAAGAUGUUCUGCAAAUGGCUUUUCAGCUGUUUGACACAGACAAAGAUGGGAAAAUAACCCACGACGAGUUCAYGGCUCUGCUGCGCUCUGCUCUGGGUGUGUCCGAUUUAAACAUGACUAAGCUCUUUAAGGAGAUAGAUGCAGACUCCUCUGGUUUCAUCACAUUCGGAGAAUUUCAGUCCUUUGCUUCUACCCACCCUGAAUAUGCCAAGCUUUUCACCACUUACCUGGAGCUCCAGAGACACCAGGCACUCAAAGAGGCCAGGCCCGGUGAACUGGAAGUAGUUGGUGAAAUCAGUUCAGUGGAAAACAGUGAAGACAGCACUUCUGACAAAAAAGAUGAUUGAGCUUCAUAGAAAACUUUGCUUGACCUGCCAUCUUGUUGCAGUCCAGUCUGUAAAUUUGAGUCAAGUAGUUUCUGUUUUUUUUUCCUUCCUUUCAUUUUAGAGUGCUUUUGUUUUUGUUAGUGCCUUCUAGAUUUUAAAUAAGAUUUUUCUUAACUCACUGUAUUAUAAGGAAGAAAUUGUCUCACAUAGGAAAAGGCAAAUAUCAAGCUGACCAUAGCACAAUAUAAUAUAUUUUUGUUUAAGGAUGUUUUUAAACUCAGCCAACCUUGGAGUUAAUCUUAAAUACCAGGCUUUAUGAUAAACCUGGGCAUGAUUCUUUUAUUAAUCCCAUUUUCAUACAUUUUUAUAAUCUCCAUUUAUUCACUCAGAUGAACCCCACCCUGUUCACUUUUGUUUACUUCUGUCUUUGUGUGUUUUUCAUUUUUUGUUUGUUUGUUUAAAUAAGAAAGAAAAUGUCCAAACCAUCACAUUUUUAAUCACUAGCAAAGAGCCCCCGUGCUUCUGUGUUGCAGUAUAAUUAGUGUUCAAGAAACUUUACAAAAAUACUUUCCAGUCUGGUGAGCCAAAACUGUAUUCAGUAUUAAAGCUGUGUUUCAGAGAGCAUAGACACUGUGCAUUACACUUUUUCCCCAGYGCUCAGGGACAUAAACCUUGUAAGACGGCUGUAUAAUUAGCCAGAGGUUUGCGUUGCAUGUGUACCUAUUUGCAUUUCUACAGAAGAUCCAUGUUGCUGAGACAGCAGCACGUCUGUGCAGUUUUAAAUUUACUAAAGCAAUUCAGCCAUUAAAAAAAUAGGGCAAUUUGUGAGCAAAAAGCCAACAGGGCUUCUUCACAGCAGCAAAUUCCGGCGGGGUGUGCUUGGAGAUUAACAAGCGGCAUUGUUAUUUACUUAACAAGAGUGAAUUGUAAUUAUACAACAUUCCUUUAUUGUGAAUAUUGCAAAGUUUGCUUUUUUUAAAUAAAACGAGUAUGCAAUCUGCUUUCCA